AUGCCUGAGACCAAGAAGGCGACCGAUGUUGUUCACAGUAGUGGGCAGCAGGGUGGUAGCAGCAACUAUCAGUUCAAGCCUUUCCAGUAUAAGAGUCAGAAGGGGGGUAGUCGAAAAGGGUAUCAGCCGUAUUCUCACAGUUCUGGUUACAGUGGGAGUAGCCGUGGAUCUGGUCGCGGUUACAGUAGUACUUCUAGUGUUCCGUUUUGUCACAACUGCAUGCGCAGACAUCCGGGACAGUGCCAAGUGGCACCAGGUAGUUGCUAUGCUUGUGGCCAGCAGGGUCACUUUGCUAGGGAGUGUUUGGCGUCUGGGCAACAGAUGUCAUCAGCUAGUCGGGGCCGUGGUUUAGGAGGGCGUGUUUUUGGUGGCCGUGGAAAUGGUUGUAGAGGCUUGAGUAGUUACAGUUCUUCUCAGUCACCGCUGCAGGGACAGGGUCAGGCUAGAGUAGCUGAAAUAGUUAAAGGAACAAUUACAGGAAUUGAUGGACAGUGUUUUUAUUAG